GCGCCUUAACUCGAUGCUCUGCCCCAGGCUCCGUCCCCUAACGGAAGGGAUGUAGCCGGCGUGGUGGGGGAGCAGGAUGGGCCGGAGAGGCCACUUGUAGGGCUACAGCGGCUCACAGGGGAAAACCCAGUGUCUCUCCUGAAACGCCGGAAGAGCUUGUGAUUUCUGUGAUUUUGAUAGUUUGCAGUGAGUAGGUCCUUGCUCGUUCUCCACACCAGUCUUUUGUGACUCUAGCCACAAAUGACUCCUAUGUGAAAGGAGCAUUGGUACUUGGGUCAUCCUUGCAACAGUACAGGACAACAAGGAAGUUGACUGCACUCAUAACUCCUCAGGUCUCAGAUCUUAUGAGGAGAGUGCUGGAAAAAGUCUUUGAUGAAGUCAUAUUGGUAAAUGUCUUGGAUAGUGGGGAUUCAGCACACUUGGCAUUAAUGAAAAGACCUGAGCUGGGCGUCACACUAACAAAGCUUCACUGCUGGGAACUGACACAGUUUUCAAAGUGUGUUUUCAUGGAUGCAGACACAAUGGUUUUGUCAAAUAUAGAUGAGCUUUUUGAGAGAGAAGAGCUGUCUGCAGCACCAGAUCCAGGCUGGCCUGACUGUUUUAAUUCAGGAGUAUUUGUUUACCGACCUUCCAUUGAAACAUACAGUCAGCUACUACAGUUUGCCACAGAGAAAGGCAGCUUUGAUGGUGCAGAUCAGGGGUUAUUAAACACCUUCUUCAGCAGCUGGGCAACAACAGACAUGAGCAAACAUCUACCGUUUAUUUAUAAUUUGAGCAGCACUUCUGUAUAUUCCUACCUUCCAGCAUUUAAAGCGUUUGGUGCAAAUACUAAGGUGGUGCAUUUCCUGGGAAGCACAAAGCCAUGGAAUUAUACAUAUGACUCCAGAACAAAAAGCAUAAAGGGCAACAUGGACGACCCUAAAAUAGUUCACCCGGAAUUCCUCAACAUGUGGUGGGAUACUUACAUAGCUGAUGUUUUACCACUACUAGAACAGCACGGAAUUGUUAAAGAAAUUCCUACAGGAGUAAAUAUGAAGUUACAGAGGCAGUGUCCCACGUAUCAGUAUCACCACUAUUACCAACUGAAUCUUCAGAAGAACGCAAGGAACGGUGGGAACAGGGCCAAGCUGACUAUAUGGGAGUGGAUUCCUUUGACAACAUCAAGAAGAAACUGGAUACCUACCUUCAGUAGAAGUGCCUGUCUCAAACAGUGGUGAUGCAAGGACUUGUUCCAGAACUAACAGCUAGAGAGGUAUAGAUGGUGGUCAGUUACACUUGCUAGUAGCUUGAGGAAAAACUUCUUGGCUGAAGGCCUCUGCAGUGCUACAGAUGAAGACUAAGCAAAAGCUAGGAAGCAGAAUCCUUGGGCUACCUAUUACUGCCCAAUUUUCAAUUCUCCCUACUAGAUAAAACCAGGUAUUUUCAGCCUAAAAUUUCUUCUGUUUUGAUCAAUUGGCUCAACAUAUUAUUUGAACUGGGUUUGUUACCUCACCUCAUUAAGGUGAUUAGCAUUGGUUCCUUUGCUUGCUGUUUUAGAUGUAAAAUCUAAUUCAUGGGAUUGCUCAUACACUGGAGUGGUAGCCAUUCUGCUUUACCAUAAAUGUAUUAAUGACACUGGGAAUACAUACCGUUGUAACAGUAAUAGCACUGCUUUGCUCUUCCAGUCACAAUUGCACUGAAAUUUUGACCAGGUUCUUACGCACAGUGCCUGCAGCAUGGCAGAAUGCGUUUUUCAGUUCUGUAUACUAUGGGACUAGUAAACUGAGUUUUAUCUGUUCCUUGCGAUGUUGCACUUGAUACAAAAAUAAAAAGUUGUCAUGCAUUUCUGUCUACCCUAAACUCUUGAGCGAUUAAAAUAAAAGGAGCUCCAAAGCAGUCUAACUAAAAUAUUCAACAGAUAUAAAUACCUUUUUAAAUAAGCUUUGCUGAUGCUACUCAAGCUCUCAUUAGCAAAUGUUCAGCUUUUAGUUCAUAAUUAUUUAGAGGUACUUAGUCAUUUGCCAGAGAGCUGUUUAGGGCCAAGCCCCACAUUAGCUUGUCAUAAAUAUAGGACAGGGCACUGGAGGAAGUAGCUGCUGAAGCUGCUUACGUUAAUAACUUAAAAGUUUGGGAAGAAGGCAUUUUCUUUCAAGUGACUAAAGAAACAUCUUCCCUAAUGUAAGCCUUGUACACUGAACUCAGUCUUAAACACAACUGUGAUACUACUUUGGCAAAGAAAGAUUACAUAGCUGCUUAAGUAACUGUACCUACCCUGAUAAGGAAAACUACUCUUUCCAUGUGUAAAGACAGUAAAAGAAAGUGCUUUUUUGCCACACUCAGGUUACAUGUACUCCAAGACACAUGGAAAAGCAGUAAAAAUAACGCAUGGUGAUGACAAACAGAUUGGCUGUCAUCUGUACCAAGGUUUAGAUCUAUCCUUUAGCCAAAAGUCUAAACAGAACAAAAUUAGUGUUCUAUGACAGCUGUGCCUUGUAUUAAUCCAGAUACUCUAAAAAAAUAUUACUUCAUUAUUUCCUAGCAGAGGAGGAUUUUGGCUGGAAUCUAGUGAGGGUGCUAAACCUUUAGCCUAGAGAUAAAAUAAACAACCAACAAGCUCUCAUCAUUUGCUGGUAAAGCAGAAGACAUAAUAUGAGUAUAUACGAGGUUGGUCUGUUUUAACUUGUUUUCACUACUUAAUUGCUCUAUGAUUUAGUUGGUCACCAUUUAGGAAAAAUGCUAAAAGAUGAGGUCCAAAACCAAAGUAGCUUGUAGAGUAGCUGAACUCCCAGUUGUAACUAGCCCUUUCC